AUGAUGGACGGAGACCAUCCACGACGAAGCCUUCCUCCCCUCGAACGCUCCAUGGCUUAUCCCAGCUCUCCCUCUUCCUCUUCUUUCGGAUCAACACCCCAGGACUCCAGGUCUGAUUCUUUUGUCCGGUCCACCCACCAGGACGGACCGAAUAUACAGUUGCCUCCUCUUCGACUUCCCCCUAUCCGUAGUGCCCUGCCUGGUAAUCCCUCCACAACAUUUCACUCUCCGUCCUUGCCAAUCUCCCUUAGAAGCUUCGACGGUCCAACUCGUGAUCGCCAACCACAUAUGGACGGACAUCGUUAA